AUGGCGCCAGGGACAGCCCAGGCCGAGCAGCUCCUCCUCCACGCGGACCCGGCGCAGCGCCGGCGUGCGCGGGAUUGCCGCCAUGCAUGGGGCCUCCCGGCGGCAGUCCUGCUCCUGCUGCUGCCUUCCGCCGCCGGCCUUCACCCUUCUAUGAUGUUCUGCGCGCCGCCGCCGGAGACGGUCCCGCUGACCCUCCUUGCCGGUGCGCAGGAGAAGGGAGCAGAUUUCUACAACUGGAACAAAGUGUAUGUGCGCUACUGCGACGGGGGAUCAUUUUCUGGGGAUGCGGAAGGUCAAGCGCCGGAUGGAAGUACACUUCACUUCAGAGGAUUGCGCAUCUAUGAGGCAGUUAUUGAUGAAGUCAUGGAAAGGGGACUUGCCAAUGCUACCCAGUCUCUUCUUACAGGUUGCUCUGCUGGUGGUCUAGCCACGAUGCUACACUGCGAUGAUUUUAGUGCAAAAUUUCCUCAGGAGGUUUCAGUUAAAUGCCUUGCCGAUGCUGGGUUUUUUCUUGACGUAAAGGAUAUAUCUGGAGAAAGGACCUUUUGGUCUGUCUUUGAUGGUGUUGUUCAGCUCCAGAAUAUUAGAGAAGUGUUGCCCAAGGACUGCCUUGCCACAAAGAAGCCAAAAGAGUGUUUCUUCCCCGCUGAGCUUAUAAAGAGCAUCCACAGCCCAAUGUUUAUUCUCAACUCUGCAUACGAUUCAUUUCAGGUACGAUAUGUUCUGAUACCGGAUUCGUUGGCUCCUGGUAAUUCGUGGUCGUGUUGCAAACAUAAUAUCCGGAACUGCAAUUCCACGCAAAUGGAAUUCCUUAACGGAUUCAGGGACGCGAUGGUGGAUGCAUUGAAGGUUGUCGAAGAUAAAGAGGGAUGGGGAUUGUUCAUUGAUUCAUGCUUCACUCACUGCCAAACGGUCUCUGACAUCUCUUGGAAUUCACCAUUCUCCCCUAGGCUUGGAGAUAAGACAAUUGCUGAGGCUGUAGGAGAUUGGCAAUGUGGAUGUAGCGAAAGAGUGAAAGAGAUUGACUGCGAGUACCCAUGCAACCCAACAUGCAGUAGACAGUUGCCGUGGAUGUAA